AUGAUGAAAACAUUAGUAAACUUUAUAAUUUUAUGUUUAGUUCUGGAUAAUGUAAAUAAGUGCAUAUCGAACAACGGUGAUAUAAGAACAGAAAGAUUCUUCAGACAUUAUUUUAUUGUAAUGGCUGUGUUACUGGGAUUUGAUAGUGCUGCUUCUAUUCUUUUAAAUAGGAUUCCAUAUUAUCACGUAAUUAAGCUAAUGACAAUAGCUUUGAUAGGACUACCCAAUAGUCAAGGACCUUACUUCAUUUACAAUAUGUAUCUUUCUCAACUAAACAUCGUGUUUUCUAAGUAUCUUUCUUACUUCAAUCAACUAGCUCUCAAUCUUAGGGACUCCUUAACCAAGAGAUACAAUAAUAGUUCAGCUAUAACCACUUCAAUUGAUAGAGUGUUAUUUACUAAUAUUAAGAAACACAGUGAUUAUUUCAAACAGAUGUUUUUUAAACAACAAGAUGAGUCUGUUAAAUCUAAUUUAACAGUUGAAGAUGAUUCUAAUAAGAAUUUUAAAGAAAAAACAAAAACUUGUUGUAAAAGUAAUGAAGAUUCUCCAAACCAACUGCCACCUUUAGGUGAAAAGAAAUGCUGUAAAUCGAAGAUGGUUAAAACGGAAUAA